AUGUCAACCACCGACCUGCGAUCGCUGCACCAGCUUUCUAAGGUGGAAUUGCUGCCGACGCGGUCGUCCGAGCUGUCGGCGACGCUGUCGUUCCUAGAGAAGAUCGACCACAUUGAGAUCAACGGCACGACGGAGCGCAACGGCGUCGUGUACUACCGAGUCGAAGUCUUCCUUCAGCACAGCAUGUCUCGUAUACCGACGGUCAAGGCCACCGCAGUCGCGGACCAUCCAGACUACCAGCUCGAGCGGCGCUUCAGUGACUUCGCGAAUCUCCGCUAUCAGGUCUGGAUGUACGCUCAACGGAAACACGAGGACGAUCAAAGCUGCGAAUACUGCGGUGAGUUCAUGAGCUACAUCGUGCAUUCCCUGUCACAGCCUCGGUCGCUGGUAAAGCUGGUCACGGGCGUCAACGCGCGCAAGAAGCUGUUAGUCGCGUUCUGCAACACCUUCAUCGAGAAAACAAUAGCCGGCAAGACGGAUCUACAGAUGCGAAACUCCAAGUGCACCGGGCUCCAGACAAUUCCCCAUAUCGUGGAAGACUUCUUCCGCCCGGCAUCAGAGAUCAGGACUUGA